AUGCCCCCCAAACGCAAAAGAGCCGGCACCGCGUCCAAGGACGCUGCACCGGACAGCACACACGAGGGUACUGUCAAUACCACGCCAGAUGGAAAGGCCACUGACACGGCACAAGAAGUCACGCCUGUCGUCGACUCACCAGCCAAACGCACCCGCUCUGCUCAAAACGGAGAUGCUCCUCCAGCUAAGCGAUCGAAGGAUGCGACUGGCCGACCGAGAGCCGCGAGCAAAGUGGAAAUGCCGGCCAAUGGUGCAGCGGAGGGCGCUGGCGAGAAUGGCGAGGCAGGACAGAUGAGGAUGCCUCCUCCGCCUCCAGCUGGUGCGGUGGAUCCUGUUGGCUACAAGACUAAUCCGCCUCCUAAAGACAGAGCUGUACGCGUCUAUGCGGAUGGUGUGUUUGAUAUGUUCCAUCUGGGUCACAUGCGUGUGCUUCAGCAGGCGAAGACGGCGUUUCCGGAUACCUAUUUGAUCGUGGGUGUGACGGGUGAUGCUGAGACGCAUAAGAGGAAGGGUCUCACCGUCAUGUCUGGCAAGGAGCGUGCGGAGUCACUCAGGCAUUGCAGAUGGGUGGAUGAAGUGGUUGAGGAUUGUCCUUGGAUCAUCAAUAUGGGGUUUUUGGAAGAACACGAAAUCGACUACGUAGCCCACGACGAUCUCCCCUACGGCGCGAGCGAAGGCGACGACAUCUACAAGCCGAUAAAGGAAAAGGGCAUGUUCCUCGUCACGCAACGCACCGAAGGCGUGAGCACCACCGGCAUCAUCACCAAGAUCGUCCGCGACUACGAACAAUACGUGUCUCGACAACUGAAGCGUGGAACCAGGAGACAAGAGCUCAAUAUUUCCUGGCUGAAGAAGAAUGAGCUGGAUAUCAAGCGGAAUAUCUUCGAGCUGAGGGAUUCUAUUAGGCAGAACUGGACGACUACGGGCCAGGAGUUGAGUCGAGAGUUGAAGCAGUUCUGGCAACCGGGUGGUAGUAGGCCUGCUAGCCCGGCUGCGUCUCUCCGGAAUGGCACACCGGGUCGUGCGAGCAGUGCGCGGAGUCCGCUGGGUACGGGCAAUGGUGGCUCAGUCACGCCUCAGCGUGGUGAGCCCAAGGCUAAUACUAUGGACUUCGCGGCUGGGUAUGCUAUGGGACUUAUCGGGGGUGUCAAGGGGUGGAUGGAGGGUGGGAGUCGGAGACGGAACUUGUCGGAUAGCAGGGCUCCUAGUCAGAGUGGGAGUGAGGGUGAGGAGGAGGAUGGGGGAAGGAGUCCUCUGGUUGCUGAGGCUAGUCGGGGGAGGGCGAUGGGGAAGAAGGGUGAGGAUGGUAGUGGGCACUUGGCUGUUGAGAUGGAGAUGUAG